AUGAUACGCACUUCAGACCAUAAGAAGGCCCGGAUCAUAACCGUGGUCGCAUGCACCAUCACCGCAUUGGCUUGCGGUUCCAACUAUGGCUACUCCAUCUGGGGACCGACUUUCGCAGCUCGCCUCAAGUUGACUGCCACAGACAGCAAUCUUAUCGGAACCCUGGGCAACUUUGGGAUGUAUGCAUUUGGCAUUCCUUGUGGUAUGAUGGUCGAUGCGAAAGGGCCCCGAUGGGGAGUUGCUUUGAGCAUCGUAUUGUUCGCCGCUGGGUACUACCCAAUUGCCAAAGCAUACGAUGCUGGCCCGGGACACUAUAGUGUGGCAUUGAUCUGCCUGUUCUCCUUUUUUACCGGCGCGGGAAGCUGUUCGGCCUUUACCGCAUCCAUCAAAGCGGCUGCCCUGAACUAUCCUGAAUCUCGAGGGACAGCGACAGCCUUUCCGCUGGCGGCUUUCGGACUGAGCGCAUUGUUCUUCGCUGGCAUCGCCCAAUUACUCCCUGGAGGGACAUAUAACUUUCUCAUUCUUUUGGCCGCGGGAACGGUUCUUCUUCCUUUGAUAUGCUUUCCUUUUAUGCGAGUUAUAGUCCCUCCCACCUACCAACACCUCCCUCAGCACGAACGUCAAGUUCUCCAUCGAACCAGAUCAACAGGAAGUCGCCAUCUUCCUCAUCUCGACGAACCAGGUGCGCCACACACACGAACUCCCAAGACUCAACCCUUAAUCAGUGGCGCAGAGCGAGCCCAUGACUCCGAAGCCAUCAAUGGGGACGAGGAAUCUUCCCUACUCUCCAAAACUUCCAGUCAAGAACAGGACGCCGAGGACCUGGAAAGUUCAAAGCAAAUCGAGUCUGACAGAAUGCAUGAGCAUCCGCAUUUAGACAUCCGAGGUUUCGCUCUCCUGCCCCAUGCCGAGUUUUGGCAGUUAUUCUUGAUGCUUGGCUUGAUGACCGGUAUUGGUCUCAUGACGAUCAAUAACAUCGGCAACGAUGCCCAAGCUCUUUGGAAACACUACGACCCUUCCACUCCCGAGUCCUUUAUCGAAAGCCGUCAAGCAAUGCAUGUCUCUAUUCUUUCCUUCUGCAGCUUCAGUGGUCGUCUCCUAUCCGGCAUCGGGUCCGACAUUCUCGUGGCGAGGCUUAACCGGUCUCGGUUUUGGUGCUUGUUUGCGUCUGCUUUGACAUUUUGUGUGGCACAAGUGGUCGCCACGGCUGUGUCGAACCCCCAUUAUCUCAUAUUGGUGUCAGGGUUCACCGGCCUGGCAUAUGGAAUGUUGUUUGGAGUGUACCCGAGCCUCGUCGCACAUUGCUUUGGUGUCCACGGUCUCUCGCAGAAUUGGGGAACAAUGACGCUCGCCCCAGUCAUCUCCGGCAACGUCUUCAAUAUUCUAUAUGGAAAGAUCUACGACGCGCAUUCAGUCCGGAAUGAUGAAGAAGGACACAUGGAGUGUCUUGUUGGGAAUGACUGUUACCGAACCGCAUACUGGGUGACUUUCGGUGCCUCGGUGCUCGGUGUGGUGUGCUGUCUGUGGAGCAUCUGGCACGAAAGUCAGGUGCACAAAGCUCAAGGAAAAGACGGAAAGCUAGACAGGAGGAGAUCGGACCAUGAAAGAGUGGCCUGA